AUGGCGAGAACAAGAAAUACACACGCAAGACGAAGUGGAAGAGGAAGUGCAAGAGACGAAGUGUUAGCACGGGAUUUGGCGACAGCAAUCGAAUCCGUGAGACGACAGGAAUUAUUGUGGCAGAAGCAGUGCGGAAGAGGGAAGGAAAAGAGAAGAGGAGGGGGAAUUUAUAUAAGCGGUGCAGAGGGCGCCACCUACACGAGGCGAAGGUCACUGAACGCUGACACUGUUCAAGCAGUAGUCCUUUUCCCAAACCCACCGCCGCCCCCCACUUCAAACAUUAUCAGCAGUCGCCGCAGUCGCCGGAAGGAUACUGCUUUUUGCCAAAAUAUCAGUGCACGUGAGGAUUCCAACCCCAAUGUUACAGCAACAAUGGCCAAUAUUGAGCGAGACUACUUACACGGUUAUGCUACUGGCUAUACCUCCAACAACGGAAUGAAGUCUUCUUGGGCGAUAGUGUGA